UCUGAGAGGACUCCGGGCCGAUCGAAACCGUCAGACGGACUUCUGCAUGCAAUGACAAACCAACCGCCUGCACGCAUCUCCUGACGGUGGUAUCAUUUUGGGGUGCUUGCUGUCCACUGCUGUCUUACUCGGCGGCAACUCCGGCACCUAAAGAAUCGGACGACGAGCUGUCGGUUCUCCACGUUGACGGGAUGACCAUGCGGAUACUCCGUACGGGCACGUCAAGAAACGCACGGCCGACAGAUGGUUGGAAGUCAGGUCAAGCAAUCGAGAUCUCUCGCGAGGUAUCUGGACAGCUCUGGAGCACAAAAGUGGUUCAGCAUAUCGUUGCUACGUCACAAACGUUUCAGAUGUGGUCUCCAUUCAACAAACACUGUCCUCCACAACCGUUUCCACUCGUGCUACAAAUUUCCGAGCCUCUUUUGUACGAACAAAUAAUACCAGCUGGACGUCGUGGUCGUCUAACUUUUCGGCCACGGCCAAGGUGCAGAUCCCGCCUCAAGCGCCCGUUCACCGCCAACAGGUUUCUUAUCGCUCGAGAGGCCUUCGUGUCGGUUCGGCAUCAAGGGUGAGUUGAUCCUGUCACCCACCUGUCGGACAAAUCGUCAUCUCUCGGCAAACGCUUCUCAGAUGCUAGCGAGAACCAAGUUUUGAUUUUUCUCAUGGCUUCAAGAAGCGAGGCGGAGGACGAAUCCGGAGUAUAUCUCUGGCAGCUUACCUUAGCCGAAGCCCCUGAUAAGUCCUGGGCCUGAAAACCAUGGUCGCAUUCACAGACACAAACCGAACAAGUCGACUAAUCAAGUAUCUCAAGCAGCGUUGGCUCAGCCUUGGACUAGCAAUCGCUUCUCUCAUUCCCGAAUCGCUGGACAGCAGGACAGCAAUUGCAUCAUUGCCAGCCUCGUCGCCCGCAUGUCCAAUCCCGGUCAGGACUCUUGUUGAGAGUAAAAGCUGGUCCUAGAGGGCAUUGAGUGCAACGAGUAGUGUAUUCUGCAGUAAGUUAUAUCUGUCGGAUGAGGGCGGCAACAAUUCGUUUCGUAAAAUGUCAAAGACGCCCGACACGGCUUCGAGAACGGUCAGAGUUACAGAGCAAAAACUGGGACUGAAUUGGACUGGAGUCAGUGCUUACCUGCAAGCGUUCUGAGGUGACGCAGUCGCUCGACACCACUAACCAUGACCACUGAAUAUCACGAGAUUAAACAGAGCAAGACCGCCCACAACACUCGCAGAAGCUCAGUGAUACGCACGUUGUCACUUCGACUGGGCAAAUGUCGGUUGAUGAAUUGAAAUUUCUCUGGGAAAGUCGCAGGACGAAUGACUUUUCAUGCUUUUCAGGGAAUUAUUGCUUGUUACUACCGACCAAUGGCAAGCGCAUCAACACGGGAGGUCGGUACGUACCUGCCUUUGGGGUGCACAGAAACGUUUCAAAGGGUAUUUGACGGAAAGCACCAGAUUUGAGAAAGCCGUUGCAGUUUGCCAGCGCAUCAUGCGUGAGUCGUGGGUCCAAGCAGAAGCGGCAAAGAAGUGGCGUUGUCGGCGAGCCGGUGAGCUUCCGAGAGACACAUGGCUGAAGAUCUUCGGUUUUCGAGAUCGUUAAGGACUUCGAAAAGUCGUCCGCUGUCCACUCAGAGUCAUUCUUUCGCGAAUUGACGUGGCCCCUUCUCCGACUUUGUACGGCGGUAGGCGAAGGGGACCAUUUUCUGCAACAUUGGCGCGAUGCUGGUAACGCUAAGGGAGGGUACUUUCUGCUCCCACCAAGAGCACGUAUAAAUGUGCGGAAUUGCCAGACCACAGGAUCCUAUUGUCGGAUAUUGACUGUUCACCGCAUGAGUUGGCGCCACCCUGUCGGGAAGGAGCAGCUGCUGAAGGCGCAUCAUACCAUUUGUUGUCCGCGCUGUGCCACUCAAGGGCGGUGGUCGAGUUGUCGCCACCAGACCUGAGAAUCUGGGGAUUCAGCCGUGGCCUGUUGCGCACCGCCAGUCUGUCGAGGAAGCUCUAGGAAUAACGGGCCGGGGCGCAUCGACUGUACUAAGAUGCGGCGCAACCUCGACAAUGAGUGGCUCAAGGGGCGCUGAGCUUAUGUCAAAGGGCCUGUUUAACAUCGACUAAUGCAGCCUGCAUAUGCAUUCGUUGGCAACAACGUCGUCAGGGCCUGCAAGUCAUCCGUCGAUGCGCUGUGCUUUGUUCGACUCUCUGUGCGUGAUGUUGCGCUGUACCCGUAGUAUUUGUGCCCCAACGGAGAAAGGGUCUUGUUCACUCUACGCGCCCGCGAUGGAUGUCGUUGUCGUUGCUGGACCCGGCAUUUUCUUCGUGUAAAUAUACCUUGAUUGUUUUUGAAAGAGGCUACAAAUCUGGCGGCUUUUUAGGUACAAGCCGUCAAGCGAGAAACCUCCCCCGCAUCGUGCACGCCUCAAGCCUUAAGCCUCAAACAUUUAUCGACUAUUGCCUUUGCCUUGCUCAAAGCGAACCAGAAACCGGUCGUCUCUGAGACUCCGGUUCCUACGAUCGACGGUCCUGCCGCAGUUGUACUCGACUGCACAUUCACAGGCGCUUUUUCCGAGUCACAGCAGCUUUCAACCAAUUCCCGUGCCCGGUGGACGCAAAUCCCACUCACUCCACGACUAUCCAGGCCCGAUCUCCUCCCACGCCUCACUUCUGCAGCAUCUCCAAGCUGCCAAUGUGAAAGAUCUACGAGACCUUAUCUCCUCCCCGAUAAAUUCUGGCAGCAUAUGAGUCCUCCGACGGCGAAAGCUGGAAUGGAAGUCGCUGUCGUAUGACAAUCCCAACUGGCGUUGCCAGUCUCAAGGAAGGUCAAGGUCCGUCACAGCAAUCUUCUGUUUGCUCUGCAUCCGCAGGCAGACUGCUGAUCCAUUGUCAAUCCAGAACGAUCGUUCUUCCCUCGACCGCCGUCCCCUUCUCACCAUGCAAAUGACGAUGCGAAAUCUAUGUCACGCCCUGGACAUUCAGAGAGCACCUCGCAGGGUUUCCCGCAGGUUCCAAGCUCGUCUCAGGGGAAUACUGGUAAAUAUGUCCAAACGACCAGGCGAUACGAGGAGCAGUCUUCUCCGGAGUCGCAGUUAAAGACUGGCCAAAGAUCCACAAGCGCCAUGAGCGAGCAUGGUCAAGACGUGAAUACACGCAGCCGCGAGAUACCGUUUGCGCACAUGCGUGUGCAUUUCGAAGAGUUCGCGAACCAGCUGCGCCUGCACCGGCACCAGGAACAUCGAAAACGCAUGCUUUUCCAUCGACGCUACCGACUCCGAAAUGCGGUAGCUUUGUCUUCACGCUUACACCGAGUGGGAUCCUGGCUUCACGAUGGGCUUGUGGCAAUUUCUCGUCAGUCAGAUGCAAAUGGCUUUUCAAGAGUACACCAGCACGUGCAAGAUUUGGCGGACUCAUGCUUCUCUCAAUGGACCCAUGAGAUCACUGCCCACGACGCAAUUCCUACAACGAAGCUGCCAAUCAAGGAGUCCUUCAUGUCAAAAUUGCCGGUGUCUUGCCAGGACGAUUGUAUCGAGCUGAUCCAGACACUACGAAGUAACCCUCGUUUUCUAGUGGAGCGAUUUAAAGGAAUGUCCCCCGCGCAACUAUCGGCUCUAUCAACAUUCCCCAAGUACCAGGAGCUUUCAGAAUCCGUGUUAACGUCUUUGUCUCAAAACCGCGGUAGAGGUUCCCAGAAACGGCGGAUCAAGGCCUACUCAAAAGGGCUUGAAGACUAUGCAACGUCUUUUGAGCGGACAAAUCCCUUGUCCUUUCUAAUACACAAUAUCUACGGGCCAUUCCAGGCCAUCCAAAGCAAAGAAAGCCGAUUACGGCUUGCUACUUGGUCCACCAUCUGCUCAACCUUGAUGGUCGAGUCUAAACCAGGCUUCGACGCCCUGAUCGGUCAAUUGCUCGGCGCCUUUGCGAACAUGUACGACUGGGAGAUUAAACCCCGACUCGAAUUGUAUUUGAUGAGCAUCUUGCAGCGAGGCGCAUUUCUGCUUGACAUGGUCGAGAAUCCUGUUGCGACUUUUCAGCCUGAACAAAAUCUCUUCGAUCCUCUUGGUACACAGGAGGCCCAGAAGUUCUUCCAGGAAGCAGUACAGGAGCUCUUUGAAAUCCUGGCUUGUGAUGGAGGUCUACCCCUGGGUGCCCUUGCCCUGGGACGUGCCAUAAUCGGAAAACUGCCGACCGUGGAACUUCAGAGUCAGUUUCGCGGUCAUUUCUUCUUCCAAUGGUUUCUUCAGGACUUUCUCCGAGUUGUCAUUGCAUAUCCUGAGGAUGAAAAGUUACUGCACCAGUUCCACGUUAGUGACAAGGCACGGACGUAUCUGCUGCAUAUCAUUUGGAAUCGUGCUUAUACCAGGGCGAGGGAGGUGUUCAAUCCAGCGCGCCCCGAAGCGAUAGACCCAGGUACAGAAAGCUGUGUAUUGACAAUGAUCAACAGACUGGAUGCCGACCAUCAGUGUCUUGACCCAUAUAAAGCUACGACUUCUCCCACAGCUCCGUCGUGUGCAGCAUUCCUCUCCAUCUGUGCUGCAGAUAUCGUCCACAUCCUCGAAGCUUUGAGUCCACAGUACAUACACACCUCAAGCCCAUGGGACACCUUUUUGAGUUCAUCCCAUUCCACCUUCAGUAUGCAAUACGGCCGUGCCAGCAGCAGAUUCGACAAACUCCGACGGCGCAUCCUAGAUGUUAUUGAACCCGGUCAUUCCUCCAAAAAUAUACAUCCCUGCCAGGAGAGCUGGGCCUCGAUCUUAGUCUGGGCUGAGGGGACCCUUUCAUUACCCGCUUCAGAGCCGUCUGACAGGCUACCGACAGGGAUCGCCAGUCUAGGAGAUCUUGAUCUUGCCGAACAAGCUGCACUUCGUCUCAUCGAGGAAGAUUCAUCACCAGCUGAUCAACGACGAUCCGGACCAGUCCCUGUUGAAAAAGCCAGAGGGGCUAGUUUAUCGAAAAUGUUCGCAGACGAAGCUAGAAUUGCUCUCAUCGGAACCGACAGCAUAACCUCGAUGUAUUGGCAGGACGCAUUGUCAUACCUGCGGCGCCAUUAUCCGCUGACCGUGCUGACGGAUGACGACACGGUGAUUCUGGGACCGAUGACUGGGCGGUUGAAGGUUGGUCAAGUGAAGUUAGGAGACGAAUGCGUCUGGAUUGAGCAGGAAGUCGCUCAGUUGGAAACUUCAUAUGAAAUUGCAAGGUCCAAAGUGUCUCACCUGUCCUCUUGGCUGGAGAAGCUCCGAGUCAAGCUUUGGUAUAGAAUGUACGUUGUAAGUUCCGAUGCAUACGACGACGCAAAGAACAUUUCUGCGGCGCUGAACAAUAUGGCACUGGCAGUGCUACAGGGAAGUGCCCCUGUUCAAGGAGGAGAACAGCUGUCAGAACCUAGUCGACUGGGGACACCCGGUACUUCGACCUCAUCACUCUUUGAACAGCAAAGAGUCGACGCCAUGAGCAUCUUGAAAGCACCAGUCGAGCAUGGAGGUCCCAAAAAGCUUUCGGAUCCACAGAUUGAAAUGACCAAGAAAUGGCUCGAACGCACCCACUUGGACAAUUUCUGCAAAGGCGAAGAACGAAUACAUCGCUUCUGCAUGGAGGUAAACAUGGCUGUGCGAAAAUUGGUCGGUGAGACACUCAGCGAAAGCCCCGUGCUCUGGUCAAACGAGCUAUUUUCGAGAGAAAAGAAUCUGUACGACGUCCAUGCCGCCGGUCUUUUCAGUGUCCAGCCGAGUACUCGGGCUCCCAGCGUGUGGAGCGAGCCUCUUUCGUCGACGUCUUUUCCUUCGCGGUCGGGGUUUGGAGGCUCUAGGGCUUCCUUCUACAGUCAGGCCUCCGGUAAGCUCGGCAGUGAUUUUGCAUCUCUGAUCAGUUCACCUGGCCGCGCAGCCACAGUGACCACUCUGGAGUCCGGCAGCGGUUUCUGGUCGGAUCCCCAGUCCAAUCCGCGAUCCGUGACCUCAAUUUCGUCACAAUCGAGACCAGGAUCGACUUUUGAGGAUCCGGGCUUGAAUCGUCUGACGGAUCACAGUCAGGAGAAGGCAGCUUUUCUGGACAAUCUUCAACAUGACUUGACGUGCUUGUUGCUGUCUGACCUCGCCUGCCCCGUCUGGAGUUGUGGAAGCGAGACUGAUGCCUGGAUGGGUACGAUACUACAAACCGCAAGCAUUGUGGACCGGAUCGGUCAACGAUCUGUCAUGGCACGGUUGUUAUCGAGCGGGGAACCCCAAGUCCGAUCGAUAAAUGUCAGGAGUAAGAGAAUGAAAAACCGACGUAGCCACAGCACAGGCCCCGGCAGUCACCAGUCAUCAACGGGAGCCAUUCCCAUGCCUGCGGAUCCGAUUGAAGAUCUACUGAACAAUGAGCGUCCCGAGCUCGAACCAAGCGGAUUCUCAUACCGACAUGCCUUUGACGACGUGCUUAUGCGAAUCAGCGAGCAUGUUGAUCCAAAUCUUAAGCUGGAAGCCAUUCACGACUUUCUUAUUCUGUCGAAGGCGUUCCAGCAGACUCAUCCCAACCCGAAUCAGGAGCAGUUGGUGACUCAGACGAAUUCAGGAACUCCACGAAGGCAGAGUCUCAAUCCAAGCAUACUUUCUUCGAGCGUCAACCGCCGUGAGCAAGUCACGAAGAGCAGUGCCAGCGGCACCAAUCUGGGCGGUAGCAGUGAAAGUGAGGUUGUGCAAUUUCUAAAGAGGCUUCUGCUCGUGCUGCGACCGAGGACGAUAUUCCGAGACUUACAAUACGUCGCGGCGUUUGUGUCGUCUGAUACACUCAACGAUACAGAGGUUGGCAGAGCAUUCUUGCACGUCGGGCUCGCGGCGUUGGCCUGGAAAGACGAGGUGUGUCGGGCGAUGGUGGAUGUUGCCGAUCGAAUUGUGGCCAAAGAUACGAUCAAACGAAGCAUUAGGCACAACGAGCGCAAUGAACCGUCUAUCCUCAAAGCGGCGGAAUACUGGGUGGUUGCAGCACGGGAAGGCAACCCAAUUGCCCAACGAGAAUUGGCCAGUCUCUACCUGACUCACCCAGAAGUGCCGCCAAUUAUCAGUCUGCCACUGGCCCUUUCGUCCGACAUUUUCAAGAACGAUAUGAUGUGGGAGGAACAAGAGGAGACGCAGCGUGGCAGACAAGCGCUGUGUUUGGCACUGCAUUGGAUGCAGCAAGCGGCGGAGAAUGGUGACGAAUUGGCGCAAAUGAAAUUGCAGGAGCGCCGGUCAGGUCGUUCAGUUCGAUGAAGAACAACUUUUCUGUAUACCGAGAGACUUGUUCCUGUUUGCAAGUGGAGCGAAGGGCACCCUACCUCGUUUUCUGUUCCUUUUU